AUGCGCGAUGAUGCGCGCUCCGUGACCCCCCCUCUAUCGCAGGCACCGUCCUCGAGUUACCUCGCACUGGCGGAGCAGGAUCCUUCCCGCGUCGAAGACUCUACGCGUUCACGAAAACUGCUUGUCCUCGAUCUAAAUGGCACUCUGCUACAUCGCUCUCCCCAUAACUUCCAACCGAAGAGUAGAUAUCGCCCUGGAGUUCAGGAGGACAGAAAGCGCGACAGACACGGGAACUUCCUCCCGCGUCUCCGUCCCGUGCAUCCAAGACCGUACAUGCCGGCUUUCAGAGACUACCUAUUCCACCCGGAGACGAAGGAGUGGCUGGAUGUCAUGGUGUGGUCAUCCGCGCAGCCGCACAGCGUGGAGGACAUGGUCGAGAGGUGUUUCGGAGAGCACAAGGAUCGUCUGCUCGCAGUGUGGGCGCGAGAUACGCUCGGAUUGUCUAGCGAUCACUACUGUGACCCUUCUCGGCCGAGCGACGACAGCACACGUCCUCCUGACGUCGACGUUUCCGCUCAAGCGCACUCGGCACUGACGACGCUCCUCCUGGACGACUCCCCACGUAAGGCGGAGCUGCAGCCCUUCAACCACGUCUGCAUCGGGGAGUACUCCGGGGAGCAGCGGACCGCCGCUGCCUCUGCCUCUGCCUCUGCCUCUGCCUCUGCCUCUGCCUCUGCCUCCGCCGCCGCCGCCGCCGCCGCCGAAGCGGCCGGCGAGACCCUUGAAGCGAGCGGCGAACAGGCCACCGCCACGGUAGCCACAGAAUCCGAUGCGCCCCCGGCCGAUGCGAUGCCCGACGUCGUUUAUGACUCGACGCUCCUCGCCGUCAUUGGUGUCCUCGACGAGGUCAAGUCGCAGGCGAACGUCGCUGCUUGGAUCCGUGCGGGAGGACUCUGGGGUCCGCACGGACCGCCUUCGGAGAAAGGGCCACAUGAGGUCGGAGUUCCGGAAGAGCAGAAGAUGUGGUUCGAGCACGCGGAUGUGCUAGCGUACUGGACUGGGAGGGGGAGGAAGGCGCUGGAGGAGUUGGGCAUCCCGGUCGAGCAUGGGAUUGAGCGGUGA